AGAGGGCGGUGUCCUGUGUGUGCGGUCAGUGAAGAGCGCAGGGCGGAUCAGCUUGAGGCCGCGACACCAACACACGCGCGGAAAACUCUCAGAAAUCAACGAAAGCGUGAAGUGAUGGCGGAUCUGAGCUUGACCGACGCUCUGAGCGACAGCGGUCCUCAGCCGGACGUGGAGAACGCAGUGGAGAGGGACUUCAUCUCCGCGCUGGAGGACGAACCCUUCGAGGAUCAGGUCGGAGAGACCGUGGGCAAGACCGACUUCAUCCCCCUCCUGGACACUGACGGCAAGGAUCCAGAUACAGUGGUCAAGAACGGACUGCAGGAAGGCCAAGGGUCUCAGACCCCUGGCUCCACCAAUCCGCUGACAGACACACGGCCACAUCAGCCGACGUUUGGGACAGACUUACUAUCAGGCACGAUGUCUGGUUUCCCGGAUCAGUGUGGCUCACAGUCGAGUCCUCCACAGAUGAUGGACAGCAGCCCGAUGGGACCGUUCUCAGGUUUCUCUCAGGCUAGCACAGUGUCUGCGGUGAUCACAGGUGCCGCUCCUGUCCAGACAGAAAGACCGUCUGGUGUGGCCGAACCGCAGGGUUCACCGGAUGUUAAGGCCCCCGAACCCCCCAAAAUACCAGCCGAACCCCCCAAAAUACCAGCCGAACCCCUGGCGGCCACGACACCCAAGAACCCACUGGACACAUCUGCAGGUGUCUUUGGUGAUCACUGGUCCGAUGAGGCCGGCAUUCCUUCUGACCUGCCCUUCACGCCCAGCGUUUCCACCAUUAUCAGUCGCCAUGCAAGUCACCUGGUAGAAAGCCAGAGUGAUACGACCGAUCCUCAGUGGUCCCCGAGAGACAGAAGCGUGGGAGAUGCCGAGGAAAGGGAAGGCGAAGGAUCUGACCGUAAGAAGGAAAAGAAGAAGAAAAAACGGAGACCCAGGGACGAGGUUUACGACUUCCAUGCGGAAAUGCAGAGCGAAAGCGCUUUAUCCGAGAGCCUCCAUCAGUCCAAAGAAGAUGGAGGCUGGGAAGACGUCGGGCGCAUUGGUGGGAGAGCCAAGAAGCCGAAAAGCCGAAAGAAGAUACCCGAAGAAUGGGCGAUCCAUGCCGAACCCUUCGUCCCUUCUUCGGCCUCCGUGCCGCAAGAGUUCGCAACUGAUUUUACCCAGUCACCCCUUGGAGUCGACAGUGGUCUAGUGUCGUUUUCUGAGGACUACACUGAUGGGAGUCUCAUUCCUCUGUCUCUUACCCAAGAUCUCCUGUCUCUCACAGCUACUUCCCCACCAUCCACAACUCCUGCAAUGAUCUCCCUAAAGUCUCCCGGUCGAGCCCCCGAUCAACUCCCCUUGUCCACAUCAUCUGGAUUCAAUGAUAAUCUCAUGGACACGGAAGAUGAUUUCACCCUUCCAUCACCUCUGGGGAAAGCUGAUUCUCUUCUCAAUGAUGCUCAAGCUUCUCCUGGGGGAGCUUUUGAGGAGGCGAUGUUUGCUCAAGAACAUCCCUACACCUCUCCCAUGCCCACAAGAGACUCAGGAGUGAAGCAGCCGCUGGCUUCCACCCCUGGAAACACUUAUUUUGUACCACCGAUGGAAGAGUUAAUCUCAGCGCCUCCGUUUUCUCCAUCUGGACCUGCGUGGUCUCUUAAUAACCACAAUCAACCUUUUGAUCUGGAAGAUGUUGCAUUUGAGACCCAAGUCCCAGUUCCUUCACCAAAGAGCAAAUCCCCAAAGGAACCAAAAAACAAACAAGGCAACAAGAAGUCCAGUUCCUCUUCAUCAAAAAGUCCAACUUCCCCUGAUGCGAAGUUGCCGUCUCCACAGAUCUCCGGUUUGAAUCCGGCCGCUCCGCCUUUCUUCCCUAGUUUUGCAGACCCUCGGGAGCCAGCCGGAGGACUGCCCUUGACAUUGGAAGGAAACGCUGAUAAGAACAAGCCGGAGGUGAACAAAAUGGACAAUGUCCAGAAGUUUGAUGACUUUGGUGUCUUCAGCCAGAUUGACCAAGAUCAGAAGAGGGAAACUGUGGAGGAGAAAGACAAAACUGGACACACAGACAAACAGACAACCAAAGAAGAGAAGACAGACACUCAAGUGGACAAAAACAAAGACUUGGACAAGUCAGAGAAAACAGGCAAAGAGGAAACGGUUCCCAAAGUUGAGACGCCAGUGAAAGUUGAGAGCAUUGACAAGUUGGAAAAAACGACUAAAGAUGAGGCCGAGAAGGUUGAGAAGACUAUCGACAAAAAAGAGACUGCAGAAAAGAUUGAGUCUUCUCCAAAGAUUGAGAAAGAGAAGGUGGAUCCGGUGGAAAAGACUGAGAUCAAGACGGAUGUGGUGAAAACCGAAGAGAACAAAUCAGACCAGAAAGAAGAGAAAGAGGAACAUGUGAAGGAGAAAGAGGAACAGAAGACAGAAAAGGACAAAGUGGAAACGAAUGAGCCAGCGGACAAGAAACCUGCCAAAGCUGAGAAGGACGAGAAAGCCAAAAAACCAACAGCGAAACCCUCAGCGGCCAAGCCUGCGGUCACCAACGGACGAGACUUGACCAGUGGCGAGAAGAAGACCAAGCCUGUCACAGGGUCAAUCAAACCCAGUUCUACCAAGCCCAGACCCAGCUCGACCUCCACCGCCCCCAAACGCCCGACCUUGACCUCCAGCGCACCCGCUCCCCUCAGCAAAAGAGCCCCAGUGCCCAAAGCCCCCGCCCCGGCCCCGCCCACCAAACGACCAGCUACGGCAUCCACACGACCCUCCACCGCGACCAGCACCGCGGCCAGAGAGGUCAAGCCCAAGACGGCCACAGAGAAGCGCCCACUUGUGCCAAAAGCCACUGCCGCUCCGGCUCGACCCGCGACUGACAAACCUGCGCCCGCGACACGCACCGCGACCACGCCGCGCACCGUAGCCAGCGCUCCUGCAGCACGACGCCCGGCUGCAAAGACGGAGAGCAAAGCAGGAGACGAGAAGAAACCAAGCACACUGAAACCUACAGUUUCAGAUGCUGCCCGCUCUAAACCCGCACCGCUCAAAGCCCCCAGCGCCACCAGUCGCCCUCGACCCACCAAAACCCCCGUUCCCAGCAGCACCACAGCCGAGAAGAAGCCGCUGGUUCCCCGCGCCGCCCGACCCAGCGCCGCGGCCCCCGGCACCACGACUCGACCCAGCGGCGCCCCCCGACCCAGCUCCGCCUCCACACCCGCGCCCGACAUCAGAAACAUCCGCUCCAAGAUCGGAUCCACAGACAACAUCAAACACCAGCCCGGAGGAGGGAAGGUCACAGUGUCUCAGAGCAGGACGGACACACACACCUCGCUCUCCAAAGAGACCAGCCAGGGCAAAGUUCAGAUAGUCUCCAAAAAAGUGGACUACAGUCACGUGACUUCCCGCUUGGGCUCCAAGGACAAUAUCAAACAUAUUCCUGGUGGAGGGAACGUCCAGAUUCUCACCAAGAAGGUUGACUUGAGUAAAGUGACCUCCAAGUGUGGAUCCAAGAGCAACAUCAAACAUAAACCAGGUGGAGGCGAAGUCAAGAUCGAAAGCCAUAAGGUGAACUUUAAGGACAAAGCUCAGUCCAAGGUGGCAUCGAUGGAUAACGUCAAUCACGAGCCCGGCGGCGGGAACGUCAAGGCUGAGGGUGCGCAGGAGACUGAGGAGGGUAGCGCGGCUCCCUCUAGUGGUGUCUCGGCCCCGGCCCAGGAGAACGGGCUGAAGGAGGCCGGCCCCUGCAGGAGUGACGAGCUCCGGGACCCUCAGGGCCUGGACUCGCUCAUCCCUGAAACAAAUUGAGUCUUUCAAGCUAAAUUUCCGCGAGAACGCCCGCUCUCGCACGGACCACGGCGCUGACAUCAUCACCUGGCCCGUCUCGAGUGACAGUCCUGUUUUCCACAGCGCCGACUCCCUCAUCCCUCGCUCUCUCACCACCCCGGCCCUCGCCCCCUCACCAGAACAACGGGGCCAGGUCGGCUCGCUCCACGACCUCCGGACGUGACCUCGGCUGCUCCCUAAACCCCGCCUCCCACCAUUGCUAAGACUCGUAUGAUUGGUGUGCUGUCAUUGGUGCAGUCAUCAGGAUGGAUUGUGAGUGAAGUCGUCGGUCUGGACGGGGUCAGCUGAGGUCACGGCUAACAGCCACAGCACCUGCGACGCCACUUGUUGUAGAGCAUGAAUCUAGUUUAGGUGCUUUCGUUUCUUUUUUAUUAGUGUUGCAACUCGGUAUUCAUGAUCAUGAUGUAGCUGAGGUGAUCACCCCCCCCCACACACACACACACACACACACAUCUGGACAUCAUCUCUCGCUGUCUUCAGGUCCUCCGGGGAAGAUCGCACUCAUGAUGAACGCGGCGCUUUAUAAAAUCACGUUCAGAAGCUUCUCUUAGUGACAAAGCAUCAAAAUGAAGAGCAAAGAAUGUGUGCAACUGGUGCGCUUUAUAACUCUAACGACGCCACAGAGCAUGAUGGGAAAUGUAGUUUGGUUGCAUUAAGGUUUAAGACACACUAGAAUUCAAUGAACACGGCAUCCAAAGUGUAGAAAAAAUACGCAAUCCUCUCAACUUUACUUUUUAAAGUUCAUGUCGUCUUCUGUAUCGUGCACACGUCUUUAUAAGAUUCAGAUUCACCAAACUUCAUGCAAUUCACAUUUGCGUAUUCUGUCUGAAUGGACGUCAUUGUUGUGUGACCGCUUCAUUGGUCAGCUAUGGGCAGCACACUGGUUAAAACACACACUCUUCAAAUGGCUGAUAAAAGCUUCGUCGUCUCGUAAGCACCAUCAUUCCCGCGGGAUUUGAAGGCAGCAUCAUGUGACCCUCUCUCACUUCACCUUUGACCUCCUGUAGAGCUGAAACUGAAUUUCUGAACCUCUCUGUAAAACUCUGUUUCGUGAUGCUGUGUUUGAGUGAGUACUGUGUUGUUAAACUCUUCGCAUCCUUUCGUUUUAUUUUCGUGAGCGGCGGAUGUUUCCUUUUCUUUGUUAUUGUAAAGCAAUAUAACGCUCUCCUAAAACGCCUAUAAGACGUUAAACUCGACGCACAGUGACGGACGCUCGUCGUGUCAAGCGCAGGUCCAGACGGCUUCGUGAAAGUGAAGAAGGGCUGAGAUGUGACGAAAGAGAACCUCCUGAAAAAGAAGUGCACUUUAGUUCAAAAAUAGAAAUUAAAGGUGAGUUUCUUGACGCACAAGUUUGUAAUAAUAAGUACAUUUUAAAUGGUAUUGCCAUUCUUUAAUGAAGUUUUUUUUUAAGUCUUGACAAGCAUACAAAAGCACAUGUAAAGUACUUGAUCACUUUAACUGUAGUGUUUUAUUCAGUAUAUACGGUCUUGUCAACUGUACACUUUAAUCUUAUUUCAAAGACAAUACCAAUUAUAUUGAACAUAAUGGCUCAACUAACUGCAUUUAAAAUCAUUUAUUGUACAUUAUUUAAAGGAGUAG